CCGCGGAGGCGAUGUCGUCGCCGCUGGCCGGCUCCAGGCUGCUGGUGGCAGCCGCCUUCCUCUUGUCCGCCCCCCUGGCGGUGGCAGCGCCGCACCGGCACCCUCCGACGGUCGAGGCCGCCGUGGACGCGAGGGGGCGCCAUUCCCUGCUGGCGGACCCUCGGAAGCCCGCCGGCCCAGGCGCGCGGCCCGCGCUCAUGCGCGCGGAGGCGGUCGAGGCCAGCCUGGCGGAGCAGCGCCUGGCGCCAGCGAGGGAGGAGGAGGAGGGGGAGAAGAAGGAGGAGGCCCCCGCAGAGGCCGCGGAGGAGUCCCCCGAGGCGGCCGCGGAGGAGGCCCCCGGGGAGGCCGCGGAGGAGUCCCCCGAGGAGGUCCUGGAGGGGGACGCCGCAGAUGACGACGACGACGACGACGACCCGACCCCAGCGCCAGUGUCUCAUCAUGUUCAUGCAGUCGCUAAGGCAGCUGCUGAAGCUAAAGAAGCGACCGCCGCUGCAAAGGCUGCUGCGUUAGAUAAAGCACACGCAGCCGCAAGAGAGAAAAAGAAGGCGUGGUGGAAAAGAAAGGCCGAGAGGAGGGCCAGGAAGGCCGCGGAGGCGAAGAAGGCCGCGGAGGCGAAGAAGAAAAAGAAGCCGAUUGAGAAGAGCGACGACGACGACGAUGACAAUGGCAACUCGACCAAGUCGACUGCGCCAGCGCCAGCGCCUGCACCAGCGACCAAGGACGUCGUAAGUUCCAGCGGCUCUUCAGUCCCUGCGCUGGAGCCGGAGGGCGCAGCGAACUCCUCCAACUCGACGAACGCCACGUCCGACGGGGAGAAGGCCAAGUCUGGCGGGAUCCUCGUGGGCUUCCUGGUCGGCCUCCUCUUCGGCGGUAUCGUCUUCGGUGCGACCGCGCUCCUGCUCCUGCUCCUGCUCCUGCUCCUCCACGUCCUUCUCGUCCUUCUCCUCCUCGUCCUGUUCCUGGUCCUCGGCGUCGGUGUCCUC